AAUGAAGUUGCUGGUAUUAUUACUCACAAUAUUUGCUGUCUUGGAGUUUGGAUCUACUCAACAACCUCAAAUUUCAAUUGACAGAGUCCUAACAACUCUGUCAGGUGCACUGAAAGUAUGUGAAAAUCUUCAAAAGGUCAUUCAAGCUUUGCAACUGACCAAAGUCACUAAAGAAGUCAGCAUGAUUAACGAAAGCACAUCGGUCAUUCUGGACUCGCUGAAUUUCGCUGUUUCUACAACCAAUAAUCUGACUCAAACAAAUCCAGAGCGCUUUGGGAGCUCCCUGAAAGAUCUGCAAGCCGCCUGUUCAGCGAUGGCAAUUUCCGUGACUCAGCUGCAGAUCGCUCUGUGGGAUGUCGCGAUCAAGGGGUUAACGACGGAUCUCAACGUCCGAUUGGAGCUGCUGACGACGAUGCUGGCAAAAAAUAUCAUCGAAGUGGGAGCUAAUAUUGGAAAGGUGCGAGGAUUUCUGGUUCAGUAACUAAAUAAACAAACUGAUUUGUUCUGUUUUAAAAAUAAAAAC